AUGUCGAAAUAUCGGAGGAUGAAGCUUAUGGAGGAAUCUAAUGGUGCUUCUGGAGAAGAACCAGAGUAUGGUGCAAUCUUCAUGUCCAAUAACUCCACAAGAAAGGAAUGCUUAAGGCGAGAGCUUUUCGGUUUGCCAAAUUGGCAAGCCGGAUUUGUAAAACAGGUCAAAGCUGGAAUGUUGUUGUUUUUGUUUGAGUUUGAGAGUAGGGAGCUGCAUGGCGUCUUUCAGGCAUGCUCUGAUGGUGCGAUAAACAUUGAGCCUGAUGCAUUCUGCUCUUCUGGGAAACAGUUUCCUGCUCAGGUCAAGUUUACUGAGAUGUGGCAUUGUAGGCCACUUCGUGAAACGGAGUUUCGUCAUGCUAUUAGUGAUAAUUACUUUACGGCAACAAAGUUCAAUUUUGGACUGUCAAAAGCACAGGUUCAAAGGCUACUGAAGUUGUUUAGCUUGAAGAAGGUAGAGAGAUCAUCACAUCCGAGGAAAACUGCAGUUGCAAAGCACACAAGAACAUCUGCAAGUGGUUUGGGAAAUACAGCUGGUGAUCGCGACUUUGGCAACCGUGGUGCAGAAGACACUGAUGGAGAUGUCGACCGUGAGUUUCCCUUCAGAGUUACAUCUGCAAGAGAUCGUCUUGGUCGUAGCUUAAAAGAAAGCUAUGGUUUUGGGGAUGAAUCUGAUAUUGGCGUAGACACUAGAAGAAAUGAGUACUCAGGAGACACAUCUGGGGUUCAUAGGAGACUCGUUGACCCCAUAGUGCAUGGAUCAAAGGAUAGAGUAGGAUAUGAUUCUAGCAUGAAUAAUAGUUUUGGGACAGAGGCUUUAACUAAUCAGUCUACUUAUAAUGAUCGAAGAGUCCCUAAGAACUUGAGACACACUGCAAGUGGCUGGUCAGAAAAGGAGUGCCAUGAAAAAGAUGGUAUCACACUGGCGAGUAUGUGGUCUAACCACGAGGAAUGCCUUAAUUUUGGGGCAGAUCCAGCGGCUCCUGCUCAAAGCUCAGUACUUCGAGGAUUACGAUAUGGAACAAACACAGAAUACUAUGACCCUUGUGAUCCCGGGAUCCCAGGACAUGCAACCAUGAAUAGCUCUAGGCAGGGAUUUGGUGCACCUAAUGUUGAUUCACUGGGCUCAGCUUUCUAUACAAGCAACUCAAGUCAUGUUUUGAGAGAAGAAGUUAUAGCUGGUGGUGGUUAUGUCAGUGACACCUUGCUUUCUGAGAGAGUCCAACCAUAUUCUGAUGACCACAAUGGUACAAGCAUGAACAACACUACUCUGGGCGUGGAUUACUAUAUUCCAAUGCCUACUGAACAUCCUGAAUACCAAACCAACUCUGGCAUGAAUGGAGUUGCUGGUUCUGAAUCUCAAUAUGAGUAUGGAAAUGGUCAUUUGCGUCAUUCUCAGUUUCCUGAGACCGCUGAGAACACGAGGGACUUUGAGAGGUCGUCUUACUCCAACCGCAGCAUCAUCCCUUCCUUUGCUUAUCCUUUACCAUCAAGGGAUUUAUCUCCUAAACACGGAGUCAACAAUGAAAUUUCAGCAUAUCAAAGCCAGGAAAAUUGUGGAGGUCAUCUUUCUUAUCCAUACGAGAGGACGGUUCGUGAUUCUAGAAUUUACCCUUCUUUUACUUAUCCUUCAACAUCAGGGGAUGGAGCUGAUUUGUAUUCAGAGAAGAGAAGUCAGAACCAAGUUCAAGCGUACCAACAACAUGAAGAAUUUGGUGGUGAUGCUCUUGACUCUAACAAGAGGGUGAUACGAAUGAAAGAACGUGUUAGUCCUGCUGCACUCGAAAGAAACAGAACCAGAAAGAGCGUCUUCAGCAGGCUUGCUAUGCCUUCAGAAGAACGUGUUGCUGAAAAGGAUACUUCUCCGAUAUCUGAUUCUGAAUCAGUCGAUGAGGUCAUGGCCUUUUUAAACGACUGUAAUGAGCACUGGGCUGUACAGAAAAAACCAAAUCGGAGCAAUCCUGAGGUUCUCGGAAAACCAAAGAAGAAAAAGGAAACGAUUCGUACAGCAGAGGUACUUGACAAUGAUCCGAUGCUUCCUUUUACUGAAACUACUCCUGAUGAUCUGUCGGACUGUGAAGAAAAUAUGGAACACAGUGCUCAAAAGCGACCGUUUAUUGAUUUCAAGCGGCGUAGCAAAGCUCAACAGAGCCCUGGUGAUCCAAGUCAAGGGUGUGAAGACAAUUCUAAACAUUCAGCUCCUCAGGACAAGAAAAGAAAGCUGCUGAGGCCAAAACUCAUUGAAGAUGACUCGGAAAAAGAAAGAGGAAACAAUGGCAAUCCUAUCGAAAAUGACUUGGCUCCUCAGGACAGGAAAAGGAAGCUGCUGAGGCCAAAACUCACUGAAGAUGGCUCGGAAAAGGAUAGAGGAAACCAUGGCAGUCGUAUUGAAAAUGACGUGGCUUCUCAGGACAAGAAAAGGAAGCUGCUGAGGCCAAAAGUCACUGAAGAAGAGUCAGUAAAGGAUGGAGGAAACAAUGACUUGGCCUCAAAGUCAGCUAGCGAAGUCCCCGACCCAGUCAAUGAUCUCCUUGGACGUGGUGAUCAGUAA